AUGGGCAGUAAGAAGCAUGUCACCAGUGCUUGUCUCAACUGUAGGCGACGCAAGGUCAAGUGCGAUGGCACAAAGACGUGUUCAAACUGUUCCACCGCACAGCUCGACUGCGUUUACAACGCCGAAGCUGACAUGAGAAAAAUCUCAGCCAAAAGAGUCAUACUCGAUUUGAGGGCGCGGGUUGCCGAACUCGAGGGUGUCCUCCGCGACAGCAACACGGAACGACCACAGGCUUCGUCGCCUGAAACCUCGGAAGCGACCACGGCGGAUUCGAGAACAAUUUCAACCACAUACUCUCAUGAUAUCGCACCGGCCCCGUUACCGGAAAGCCAUAGCUCGCCCGACAUUGAGGGUUCACGCGGGCCAGUCCCCCCUGAGCACAGCACCCACUCCAUAUCUACCGGAUCGCCCCUACCCAUAUCUCCCUCCCAACAUAACGCGGCGAAUACAUUUGCGGAGUCAUCAACAGCGAUGGAAGGAGAGCUCGCAGAUUUCGGCAUUCCACAACUUGGCCAUUACAAUAGCUCAACGUUCAUGUACCUUGGUGCGACUAACAGCCCACCCCUACAGACCUUCGAAGACAUGAUUCCCGACCUCGAAAGUCUUGCAGAUACAACAGAUACCGAAGGUGACAUCACCGACAUUUUAGCAGCACGUGUGGGAGCGCUACGAAUUGCAGAAGAUGGUCAAUUGCGGUAUUAUGGCCCAACUUCCAACCUUCAUGUUCAUCCAAAUGGGUUUCAGUCGCUUUCCCGGUCAACGAUUCGCCAUGUUGAGACCGAGGGCCAAGGUGUUUUGCAGCGCUUAGGCUUGGACCGCGAAGUUUCCGGGCAAAUCCAGAUGCACCUGGCAAAGCUUUAUUUUGCGUGGGAGGAUCCAGUCAUCCAUGUCGUUGAUGAGGAUGUUUUCUUUGAGGAGAAGAACAACGCCACUCUGCACGGCAAUAGUAGCCCCUACUACUCGGAAACGCUCAAUAACGCAAUAUGUGCAAUUGGAGCAAAUUUAGCCGGAAAUCAAGACCUCGACCUGCCCGAACCUGCAUCAGAAUUCUUCUCUGCGCGAGCCAAGGCACUCUUGGACAUUGAGAUGGAUAGCCCGACGGUGGCUACGGUUCAGGCUCUUGUUGUUAUGAGUGCGUCGGAGGCUGCAUUCACACGUGAUGCUCGAGGAUGGCUUUAUAGUGGCAUGGCAGCACGACUCAGUGCGGAUCUUGGCUUGCAUCUCGAUGUCUCGAAACACAAGUUGACAGGUACUCAGGUCGCCGACUGGACGCAAAAGCCCUUGCCGAGUUUCUUUUCCAAACUAAGCAAGGACUGA